AUGAAACGGAGGGGUGAUUAUGUGUGCAAUUCCUGCAACCAUUCAUUUAGCAGGAAAAGCAAUCUUGAAACUCAUAUACUAAAUGGGAACUGCCAAUCUAAUGCAUGUAAUAUAUGUGACAGGACAUUUGCUAACUCGGCAUCAUUACAAGCACAUAUGUCGAGAGGACACAACAAAUUGGGUAAACCACAGCCCGAGUGCGAUUUGUGCGGACGGAUAUUCACAAGAAAACACAAUCUCGUAUCCCAUAUGAUAGUAGUACACUUGCAGGCCGGCAAACAGAACAUAACUUGUAAUCUGUGCGAUCGUAAAUUUAAUAUCGAGAGAAAUUUGAAACGGCACAUGAAGCAUAAGCAUACAUUCGUAGAUUAUCCGACCUGUGAUUUAUGUAAGAAGAACUUCAAAGACAAGGAAUUACUUGCAGAGCAUAUAGAAUCAGUGCAUUUGACAAAUUUUUCAGUUCCAACUGAGAAUUAUAUGGAAAAUAAAAGCGAUAAAUUGUUAAAAAAUUGGUCAGAAAUACAUAAGGAUAAGUCCGUUUUUAAAUGCAAUAUAUGUUCGAAAAUGUACUUAUCAAGUCAAAGUUUGAAACGACAUACAAGGACUUCACACGGAGAUAAGAAUUACUGUAAGUAUUGUUGCAAAUUCAUCAAAGAAGAUUUCGACAAACAUUUUAAUUAUUGUAACAAAAACAAUGAGGAAAAAUACAUAUUUAAAUGUGAGGUUUGCAAUGCUAUAUUUGAUCAUGAGAAUUCACUGAGAAGUCAUAUAAAAGAAGAACAUAGUUUUCAACAGUUUUACGACCACUGCAAGAAAUCUCUACUAAACAUAACACCUUGGAAAUUACCUAAAAAAGAUAAUAUUUGGCAUAGCUGUGAAUUUUGUUCUAACACAUUUUCAUCGGUAUACGAUUUGAAAGAUCACAUGAAAUCUCAUCACGACGUCGAAUACAACUUAUCAACUUGCAAUGUAUGUUUUAAUAAGUUUUACAGUAAAGAAACUAUGUUAGCACACAAAAAGAACUGUUUCCCGCCAAAAAACGCGAACGCCUGCUGUCAUUGUGAUAAAUUAUUCACUGAUAUAUCGAGUUUAAAUUUUCACGUAAGAAUAUUUCAUCCGCAAGUUAAAAUUGCUGAUUCAAAAAUAACAAAUAACCGUGAGGAUCUUGGUUCUUUUAAAUGUGAUCAUUGCGACAGGAUAUAUUACAGCGAUAGAUCCUUGAAACACCACGUGAAGUUAAAACAUAGCAGCGACGAAGCCGCCGAAUGUCAAUACUGUGGAAAAAUAUGCAAUAACAAAUAUUAUCUGGCAUCCCAUAUCAAAAUAGUUCAUAAUAACGACUACUGGGCGAAAUGCGAUUUCUGUGAUAAACAAUUCAAAUCGAAAAGAAACAUUCGUCGGCAUAUUGAAUACACACAUUUAGGCAUGCAGAGGUAUAAGUGUAUUGAAUGUGAAACACUAUUUAAAGAGAAAAGGAGUUUGAGAAAGCAUGUUAGGAUUAAACAUCCAGAUUCAACUGCGUUCCCACAGUGCCAUAUAUGUAAAAAACGGUUCGAAUCAGCUAAAUCUUGUAAAAUACAUCUAAAAUUACUCCAUUCCUUCAAUAUGAAUACCCAUCCUUGUGAUUUAUGUUCAGUAUCUUUUGAUUCUCUCGAAGCUUUAAAUAUUCAUCUAUCAACGAAACAUCUCGCUAAAGAUGAAAUAUACAAAUGCGAGGAAUGCAAUUUAGUUUUUAAAGGGCAAAUAACAUUCGAUUGUCACAACGAUAAUUACCACGGGUGCGAUAGUAAGGAGAAGAAUCUACCGCGUUGUAUAAUAUGCGCGAAAGAUUUCAGAACUCGUAAAACUUUAAAGCGUCACAUAAAGAGAUUCCAUGAAGAGUUUAACGUAGAGGAAUUAGCUACAUACGGUACAAAGAAACGUAUUUUUAACGUAAAUUGCAGUGAGUGUAUUAAAAAUUUCAAUAAUGAUUUUUAUUUCAUGGUGUACUCCAAAAUGAAGGAUAUGAGUGAUUCGUUCAUCUUCAAAUGUGAAUUGUGUUCUUAUUCGUACAAUUGUCUUGAAUACGCUAUACAGAGAUACAAACAGAGCGUGGACGUAAAAGGAAAGUUGUAUUUGAGUGAGUUGUGUACGACGGAAAUGAGUGAAAAUGAUUCGGAUACCGAAAAACUUGUCUCUGAAAGCAAUGUUGAUAUAAAAAGUGAUAUGGAAUAUGUUGAAUACAAUAAUACUACUAUUAAAAUUGAGCCGUUGUCUCCAUGA